AUGGAAAACAAAGAGACAGGGCCUCCGAAGCCUGCCUCUCCCAGGGAGGGGCGACUCCAGCCCACGCUAGUUCUGGCAACACUGAGUGCGGCCUUUGGCUCUGCCUUCCAGUACGGCUACAACAUCUCCGUGGUCAACACGCCACACAAGGUCUUGAAGUCAUUUUAUAAUGAAACCUACUUCAAUCGGCAUGGGACUUUCCUGGAUGACAAGGCCAUGCUGCUCCUGUGGUCUUGCACCGUGUCCAUGUUUCCUCUGGGCGGCUUGUUGGGGUCUCUGAUCGUUGGCCUGCUGGUGGAUAAGUGCGGCAGAAAAGGGACCCUUCUGAUCAACAAUGUCUUUGCCAUCGUCCCUGCCAUCCUCAUGGGAGUUAGCAAAGUGGCUAAGGCUUUUGAGCUGAUCAUCUUUUCUCGAGUGGUGCUGGGCAUCUGUGCAGGCAUAUCGUACAGUGCCCUUCCAAUGUACCUGGGAGAACUGGCUCCCAAGAACCUGAGGGGCACCUUGGGGACAAUGACCGAGGUCUUUGUCAUCGUUGGAAUCUUCCUCGCUCAGAUCUUCAGCCUGCAGGCCAUCCUGGGAAAUCCCACAGGCUGGCCAGUGCUCCUGGCUAUCACCGGGAUCCCCGCAUUGCUUCAACUCCUGACCCUGCCCUUCUUCCCUGAGAGCCCCCGCUACACCCUGAUUCAAAAAGGAGACGAGGAAACAGCACGUCAAGCCCUGAGGAUGCUGCAUGGCUGGGCAGAUGUGGAGGAGGAGAUGGAGGAAAUGCGUCUGGAGGGUCAGGCUGAGAAGGCUGAGGGCCACCUGUCUGUGCUUAAUCUCUUCACGUUUCGGCCUCUGCGGUGGCAGCUCAUCUCCAUCAUUGUGCUGAUGGCUGGCCAGCAGCUCUCUGGGGUCAAUGUGAUCAACUACUACGCAGACAUGAUCUACACCUCAGCGGGUGUGGAAGCUGAGCAUUCCCAGUAUGUCACAGUGGGGGCCGGCGUGGUCAACAUAGUGAUGACCGUCGUCUCGGCUGUUUUGGUGGAGCUGCGGGGACGGCGGUGCCUCCUGCUGACCGGCUACGGUAUUUGCGGCUCUGCCUGCCUUGGCCUCACACUGGUGCUGCUUUUCCAGAACACGGUACCUGAGCUGUCUUACCUUGGAGUCAUUUGUGUCUUUACCUACAUCGCGGGACAUUCCAUUGGGCCCAGUCCCGUCCCAUCUGUGGUGAGGACUGAGAUCUUCCUGCAGUCCUCCCGACCGGCCGCAUUCACGGUGGACGGGGCUGUGCACUGGCUCACCAACUUCAUCAUCGGUUUCGUGUUCCUUUCCAUCCAGGCGCUCAUUGGUCCCUACAGUUUCAUCAUUUUUGCGGGUAUCUGUCUCCUGACUGCUGUGUACAUCCAUGUGGUUAUUCCUGAGACCAAAGGCAAAACAUUUGUGGAGAUAAACCAGAUUUUUGCCAAGAGAAAUGGGACGGUGACUCCAGAGAAGAAAGACGAGAUCACAGAGGUGCCAUCUACACCUGCCAAAGAGACUGCUUUUUAA